GCCAAGCAGCGAUCUGCUUUGCGGGGGUGGGGUAAAGUACGCCAGGACAAGCGUUAAAUGCUCUCGCUCCCCGCGUAUUUCUUCCUUGUUAGCAUCACCAGCCUCCUCACUCAGGAGAGCUGCACCUGCUCAGCAUCGAAUGCAAUACAUUAUGUCGGUCGCACACUCUACUAGACCGGUCCCACCCUACCAGCCCUUCCAAUGUUCCAUCUGCCAGAGCCGCUUCACUAGACACGAAAACCUCAAGCGCCAUGCUGCCCUGCACUCGCGCUCCUCGGACGAAGUCUCCUUGGCCUGUGGCCAUUGCAGCGCGACCUUCUCGCGUCCGGACCUACGCCAUCGGCAUAUGAAGCGGAAGCACCCCGAGCACCACGAGAGACGGACGGUCAAGAGAAGAGACUCGAGAAUGGAAGGUGACCGGUCAUGCUCUGUGCUUCGCCUCCAGCUGUCUGGCGACGAAUACGAGACGGGCAGAGCGAGCCGACGUCGGCCCUCGGCACGAUCCCUCCGGAGGAGUCCGAGUCACGCCGCGAUGGAGGAAGUCUUCGAACUCGACUGGAAUCUAAUACCAGAACCACCCUCUUUUGCGCAUGCAGAUUCACCCAUCUCCAGCAAUAAGUCACCCGGUGUCUCAGACUCUCCAGCAAGAUCUCCAUCCCAUGCCUCGCUAGUCGUACAAGACGACUGGUUUCCGUCCGACCGGCAGAUCCGUCGGGGACGCGAUCUCUUCUUCGACCAUGUCUCCUGCUUUCUCCCAUUUCUACACCAAGCAACCUUCGAUACUACGCAGGUAUCCGCACAUCUGAUCCUGAGUAUUCUCAGUCUUGCGUACCAAUAUGGUGACGAUCCGGAACGAGAAGACGAAUCCGGGUCUGGCGCCACCCUGUCUGUGCAAUGCUUCCAUCGCGCUCGUGCUCUCAUUCCCAGCCAUGAAGACGACGCCGACGACACCACCGAGGCCACCUCCUCGUACCUGAUAACCAUCCAAUCCUACCUCCUCCUUCAGGUCUGCGCCAUGAUGUAUCUCUGCGGCGAGAGCUCGACCCAGGGCCUCAAGAUGCACACGGCAAUGAUCUCCCUCGCCCGAUCCGCGGGCCUCAUGCAACCAACCCCGACCUCCUCUUUAGCCUCAACCUCCGACCUCGACUCCCUCUGGCGCGCCUUCAUCCACGCCGAAUCGCACAAGCGGACCAUCUUCGCCGUCCACCAGAUCGACGCCCUGUAUUACCAACUCCUUUCCAUCCCACGCUGCAUCUCCCACCUGGAAAUCAAGCACGACCUCCCCUGCCCCGAGAACCAGUGGUCCGCCUCGACGAGCGCCGAAUGGGCCCAUCUCCAACUCACCUCUCGCUCCACCACCACCGUCGAAACCCCCACGCUGCAGUAUGCCGAUGCAAUCCGACAUUUCCUCUCCUCCACCGCCGACGUCCAACCCAUCGCCCCCUUCGACCCCUACGGUGCCAUCAACAUCGCGCAGUUCCUCAUCUCCAGUGCCCGCGAGAUCUCCGGCUGGUCCACGAUGACGGGGAUGUUGAGCAUGGAGCGGUUCGGGGCGCUGCGCUCGUCGCUCACGGCGCUGGGUCCGUACCUCCGUCCGGAGGAGGAUCUCGUUUCUACUGCAGAAGGCAUGCCCAGAGCGUCCAGUGUCCGCACCAUCACCUGUGCCGCGACGUGGGAGACGGCCAUGCUCGAGCUGCAGAUGUGGUCCCCGUUGCACACGGGGGGCAUCGUCGGGGCGAGCAUCGACACGUGGCUGCAGCAGUCGACGCGGCUGGCGCCGACCUCGUGCGAGGUGCUGUGCGAGGUGGACACGGUGGUGCAGGCAGUGCAGCCGCACGUGGACUGGUUCCUGGGGUAUUUGGACCGGUGCGCGGCCCUGCAGGCGGAGGCGCCGUGGGUGCUGCUGUACGCGUACCAGGCGUUCUUGGUGGCGUGGCAGCUGGUGCGGUGGGGGGUGCCGGGGGCGAUGGGGGUGGUUGGGGUGGCGGAUGGCGACGGGGAGGGGGCGCUGCGCUGGGCCAGGACGGUGUUUGGGCGGCGGGAGAGGUGGCAGAUAGGGCGGUUGAUCGGAAGAUGUCUGGACGAGCUGAGGAGGGGGUGUACUUGAAACUACCUUACUGCCUUCAAACCUACUGCUGUCACUUUCGCUUAAGCAGAACACAAGAUCCUUCUAAACCAAACCUGAAAUGAAUUGAAUAUGUACAAC